CCUGAGUGUGUGAAGAGUUCAGUGCUUAAAGAGUUUAUCCAACAGUUUUAACGAUGGCAUCAUGGGCACUAGGACUCCUGCUAUUGGCCUUUGCAUGGAAUGGGCAAGAAAUCCAGGCACAGGAUUGUGGAAUGGCCCCCCUCAACCCGAGGGUGGUGGGGGGCGGGGCCUCAUCCCAAGGGAGCUGGCCCUGGCUGGCCAGCCUGCACAUCGGCAGCGCCGGCGUCCCCAGGUUCCACACGUGCGGAGGCACCCUGCUCAACCAGCAGUGGGUGCUGACCGCCGCCCACUGCAUACAGUCGAUGACGGUGGGCGACUACGCCGUGUUCCUGGGCCGGCAGACCCAGCAGGGACCCAACCCCAACGAGAUUCAGCGCAGCGUGCGUCAGAUCUUCAUCCACCCCAGCUACAACGUCAGCCCCGUGAACGGCAGCGACCUGGCCCUCCUGCGCCUCGACAGUGCCGUCCAGUACAGCAACUACAUCAGACCCGUCUGCCUCGCGGACAGUGCCAGCACUUUCAAUGACACUUUCUGUUAUUUGACAGGCUGGGGCAAGCAGACACAAAAUGCCAACGCCGUCUCCAACGUGAUCCAGCGUGCGCUGAUUCCCGUGGUGUCCCGGGCGCAGUGCCAGCGCCACUUCCCAAGCGUGAACAUCACCGCAGCCAUGCUCUGCGCUGGAGAGCCGGGAAAGGGCAUUUGCCAGGGGGAUUCUGGGAGUCCCCUCAUCUGUCAGCAGAACUCGGCGUGGAUCCAGGCGGGCGUGGUCAGCUUCGGGGAUAUCUGUGCUAAGGGGAUCCCUGACGUGUACACCCGGGUCUCUGCGCACCAGACCUGGAUCAGGGACCAGGUGGCGGCGGGGGGAGGGCCGGCUGAGGUGGCCCAGAUCGGCUUCUCUACCUUCGUCUCUGGCGGCGGGGCGACCGGCAGCAGCAGCAGCAGCUCCACGGCGGGCCUCCGUCACGUCACGCUCUCCUCCCUGCUGCUGAUGAUGUCUCUUCUGGGCUGAGGGGGCAGAGGUACAGGACAGCAGAGAACCUACUCUGCUGUGUUUCCACCUCUAAGUGGAGCGCAGGUCUUCGUUCCCCAUUAGCAGCUGUCCUUUAGGCUUUGACCUUCAAGUGGCUUUGUCUAUAAAUACAUGAAACACUCCCUUAUAUGCUGUUCAGAAGAAGCCUCUUCUGGGGGAGGUCUUCAUCAGGUGUUCUCAUCUCUUGUGAGAAUAUCUUGUGGAUUAUCUUGUGUACUUUGAUUUAAGCUCAUCUGUUGUAUUUAGAACAAAUAUUGUAUCUUGAAAUCCAUAUGUUAUUAUUAUCAUUAUCAUUAUUAUUAUUAUUAUCCUUAUUAUUAUUAUUAUUAUCAUUAUUGCCAUUUAAUAAAAAACAUAAUCAGCUU